AAAGUGGGAUGCAUCCAUAGAUUACUUCAUACAAGACAUGCGUGCUAUUGAUCAUCUGUUUACAAAUAAUAGAAUACAACAAUCCUCGACAGUAAUUGAAAUAAGACAAAAGAGUUUUGGGAAGUUACCAGUCGGCAAUGCUUUGAAACUCAAUUACAACGAACAAGAAAUUACAGGUCGCCUUUGCAUUGCUUGUUUCAGAGAAAAUAAUUGCUAUGUGCUACAAUUAGACACAGGAGAAAUCAAUUGUGAUUUAACCGAAGAGUUGGAAGCAAGUCCUCUUUUUGUAGCUAGUCUUAAUUUGCAGAUUGAAUCUUUUCAAGAUUUUCUAACAAAGAGUAAACCGAAGAUCAAAUGCAAAGAAAACCAAACGAACUAUUUUUGUAAAGUUGGUAAAAAACAGAUCGACAAAGUUGUAUGUUAUAUUUUGAAAAAUAGCACCCAUUUUAGAAUAGGGAAGGAGACCUCUUCAAAUCAUCCUGAUUCAUCUAGUCCCGACGAAUUUGACAGAGUAAUAAAGUUUUUGAUGGAUAAUGGUGUUGUAAUAAAUGGCUGUAGCAUAAAUGGAUCAACACUUCUCGGCAUUGCUUGUGAAUACGGAUUUGAUGAUACUGCUCAAAAGUUACUAAGUUGUGGUGCCGAUGUCGAAUUUUGCAAUGAAAAUGGAGAUUCUCCAUUGCAUUGGGCGUGCAAAACUGGACAUAGCAAUAUUGUUAAACUGCUUUUAAACAAAAAUGUGGACAUAAAUAUGUGUAACAAUGACGCAGAAAGUCCCCUUCUUAUUGGGUGUCAAAACGGAUUUGAGAGUCUUGUUAAGAUUUUGCUUGAUAAUGGAGCCAAUGUUAAUUUAUGUAAAGUAAAUAACAUAAGUCCACUUUAUGUAGCUAGUCGCACUGGACACAAUGGUAUCGUAAAGCUUUUGAUUGAAAAUGAAGCUGAUGUCAAUUUAUGCAAUACAAAUGGGGCAGGUCCUCUCUCUGUUGCUUGUCAAAAUGGACAUUUUAGCAUUGUAGAACUUUUAUUGAGUAAGCAACAAGAUGUAAAUGUAUGCAUGAAAGACGGAACAAGUCCUCUCUUCAUGGCUUGUCAUGGAGGUCAUAUCAGUUGUGCUCAGCUUUUACUGAACGCAGGCGCUGAUACUCAAUUGAGUGUAAGACAGGCUGUAUCACCUCUUCAUAUAGCUUGUCAAAACGGACAUUACAGUAUUGUUAAACUAUUGCUUGACUUUGGUGUGGAUAUGAAGAUGUGCAUGGAAGCAAAACCAAAUCCAAUCAAAAUAGCUUCUAACAGAGGACAUUACAACAUUGUCCAACUUUUAAUGGAACACUGUCGCACUAAUUUUACUUCCAAGACUCUGGCAACACCCAGCACGAUAUCAGACAGAGACUCACUGGACAAGGAGCACCAGAUGUUGAUAUGGAUGUUAACUUUAUUAGUGUAUGUGAUUGUGGCAAUUUUAUUUGGUGGCAUCUACCUGUAUCGAAAAACCAAAGCUUCUACAAAGUGGGAUGCAUCCAUAGAUUACUUCAUACAAGACAUGCGUGCUAUUGAUCAUCUGUUUACAAAUAAUAGAAUACAACAAUCCUCGACAGUAAUUGAAAUAAGACAAAAGAGUUUUGGGAAGUUACCAGUCGGCAAUGCUUUGAAACUCAAUUACAACGAACAAGAAAUUACAGGUCGCCUUUGCAUUGCUUGUUUCAGAGAAAAUAAUUGCUAUGUGCUACAAUUAGACACAGGAGAAAUCAAUUGUGAUUUAACCGAAGAGUUGGAAGCAAGUCCUCUUUUUGUAGCUAGUCUUAAUUUGCAGAUUGAAUCUUUUCAAGAUUUUCUAACAAAGAGUAAACCGAAGAUCAAAUGCAAAGAAAACCAAACGAACUAUUUUUGUAAAGUUGGUAAAAAACAGAUCGACAAAGUUGUAUGUUAUAUUUUGAAAAAUAGCACCCAUUUUAGAAUAGGGAAGGAGACCUCUUCAAAUCAUCCUGAUUCAUCUAGUCCCGACGAAUUUGACAGAGUAAUAAAGUUUUUGAUGGAUAAUGGUGUUGUAAUAAAUGGCUGUAGCAUAAAUGGAUCAACACUUCUCGGCAUUGCUUGUGAAUACGGAUUUGAUGAUACUGCUCAAAAGUUACUAAGUUGUGGUGCCGAUGUCGAAUUUUGCAAUGAAAAUGGAGAUUCUCCAUUGCAUUGGGCGUGCAAAACUGGACAUAGCAAUAUUGUUAAACUGCUUUUAAACAAAAAUGUGGACAUAAAUAUGUGUAACAAUGACGCAGAAAGUCCCCUUCUUAUUGGGUGUCAAAACGGAUUUGAGAGUCUUGUUAAGAUUUUGCUUGAUAAUGGAGCCAAUGUUAAUUUAUGUAAAGUAAAUAACAUAAGUCCACUUUAUGUAGCUAGUCGCACUGGACACAAUGGUAUCGUAAAGCUUUUGAUUGAAAAUGAAGCUGAUGUCAAUUUAUGCAAUACAAAUGGGGCAGGUCCUCUCUCUGUUGCUUGUCAAAAUGGACAUUUUAGCAUUGUAGAACUUUUAUUGAGUAAGCAACAAGAUGUAAAUGUAUGCAUGAAAGACGGAACAAGUCCUCUCUUCAUGGCUUGUCAUGGAGGUCAUAUCAGUUGUGCUCAGCUUUUACUGAACGCAGGCGCUGAUACUCAAUUGAGUGUAAGACAGGCUGUAUCACCUCUUCAUAUAGCUUGUCAAAACGGACAUUACAGUAUUGUUAAACUAUUGCUUGACUUUGGUGUGGAUAUGAAGAUGUGCAUGGAAGCAAAACCAAAUCCAAUCAAAAUAGCUUCUAACAGAGGACAUUACAACAUUGUCCAACUUUUAAUGGAACACUGUCGCACUAAUUUGUAAAAAACUUAAAAAACACUUUUGCAAAAUAAAUAAAUGACAUUGAAUAAAAAAUUGGCGGCAAUUUAAGACAUCGGUCUUUCAUGCUUCGAUUGAUCGUUUCUAAAAAUAUAGAUGUUUUUAAACUCGUUGCAAUAUUCUGUUUAGUGUUAUAUCCUUACAAUUUUUUAUUUCAAAGUAAAACAUCCAUACGUUCAAUCAGAAUAACCAAAAGCUUUUAAAAAGAGAAAAUGUUUAUAAAAAAAUGAUAUAGUUGACGUUUAUAGAGGAGGCUAUUUGUUUUUACAAUGGUUGA